AUGAGAAACUCCUCUCGUAUAGUUGAUUCAUCUAGAGGAUCCCACUAUAUGUCCCCGUCCCAUUCACCACAUCAUUAUGAUAAUCACACGGGAUAUGACAGAACCCCAGAUAUGAUGCCUACUCUUGGUGAGAAAGGUGCUCCCAAAUGUUUUCAUGGUGAUUAUGAUACUGUUAAACAGUUCAUUCGAAAGUAUAAGUGUCUGUGUACAGCUUAUAAUCUUAUGGAUUCUCAUGAUAAAUGUGAUCGUGUUCUUGAAUAUUGUAGCAGAAAAGUAAAAUUAUUCAUAGAAUCACUCGCUAGCUAUCAGAACGGUGAUUGGUUGCAAUUAGAAUAUGACAUUCUUCACUACUACGAUGCAGAUCUAGAUGAUACUCGGUAUACGCCAGAUCAGUUAGUAAAGCUAGUAGCGAAAUGGCAAAGUGUAAAGAUAUCAGAACUUGCUACUUGGAAAAGAUACCAACGAGAAUUCUUCACUAAGGCUGGAUGGCUUAUGUCCCAAGGCCUGAUAAAUGAAGAUAUGCAAGCUGGAUACUUUUGGCAUGGAAUUGACCGUAAAUUUCAAAAGACUAUAGAAACGCGUCUUCUUGCACAUGUCCCACAUUAUGGUGCCGACAAGGCAUAUCCAUUACAACUAGUUACUCAAAUAGCUGAAGAACUGUUGGAACGAAAUCGUUUUGAACAUGACCUAGUCGGACCUAGUCUGAAAAGAUCAGAUUGGUAUGAUAUGCCAGAAUCGGAAUCAGAACUGGAUGCUGAUGAGUGUUAUGAUAAUCAGAAUAGUUACAAGAAUUGUGAAUCCUCUGAUAAACAUACAGUACUCAAUAAAGUUGACCAACUUAUGACCAGAAUGAGUCGUAUGGCAGUGUCAGAUCCAGUCUACGCAUUGUUAUAUCAUAAAGCGGCAGAAUUGGAUCCAACUAUUAUGAAUAUUGUGCGCACACCUGCUGCAGAGUACCAAGUGCAACAGAAUCAGCCAGUCUCAGUAUUACCAGUUCAGCCUCCAGAACAACCAUCAGUCUAUCAUGUAGAAAAGACUCAGGAUAUUCCGUACCCGCAUAGAUCACUGGAAGAUAAAGCAGUAGCUAUAUUGAAACCAUGCAGAGGCUGUGGACUCACAGAUCAUAAGACACGGUUUUGCGCUCAGAUAAUGAGACUCAUAAGAAUAGGCACCUUAACUCGCAAUGGCGAUGGAAAAUUUGUCUAUCUGAAUGGAUCCAAAAUACAGCGAAAUCAUGGCGAAACUAUUAUUCAAGCAGUCCAGCGUGCUCAAAUGGUGUUACGAAGUCAUUCCGAAGGCCUGAGAGCGGAUAGAGUAUUACAGUUAUCCGAAGAACACAUCAUUUCUGAUCCAGUCUUAUCGCAAUCCUAUGCUAGAAUUACCCCGGAGCCUGCAAUUAUCAGUCACACCAUACCGAUGGAAACAAAUAGAGCCGACGAGCCUGCUAUAAAGGAUACCAGCACCGUGAAAGCUAUUAUACCGAUUAGGGAAGAACUUAUUAUCCCUGAGAUCGGAGAUUACUUAGUCUCUCCGCCGAUUGACGAGGACCCUGACCAGCUGUUGAACGGAAGCAAACCUUAUUUUGUCCCAAUGGAGAACAAAGUACCUCCAUUAGUAACAAAUAUAGUAGUAAACUCACAACCGAUAGACUCAUUAUCCCCGUCAGCACUCAAUCACAUAGACAGGCACACAACCAGUUUCCAUCAGUCAUUACCAACUAUGGAAAGAUCAGACAGACCUCUAGAAGAUAUUACGUCAAUGAAUUCGACACCUAGUAGUACCCGAAAGGACACCAGAUAUUCCCCUACCCCCUGGCAGGAGAACCCCUAUAGACUCGAUAUGCGAAUUGUAGAGGAUUCCGUGGCUGGAAAAAUUCUAGAAUAUGCCAAAUACUUGGCAGAUCAUAUCAGAGUACAUAUGGAAGACAUUCUAGGAAGUAUUGGAUCAUCAGUCAAUCAUAUCUGCCGAGUUAACUACGAAACGACAUUCUAUGACAUAUAUCGAAGUUGGUACCUACCUCCGCGAUGUCUGGGCAUGUCUAAAGCGACACUCAUGGACACAUCUCCACAGGAACUGCAUAAUAUAGGCAAAAAUUACCUUAAUAAUAUGACAGAUCUAGUCCUCAGGGUAGUAUUUCUGAUGAAGUUCGCUAUUUUCGAUGUUUUACCCGUAUUGUUCUGCAUACCAAGUAUGGUAAAGCCUAGCUAUACAUGCCACGAAGUAUUCACAAUUUUUCUACGAAUUAUAGAGAUUUAUUUCAUAUAUAAACGAGCCAAAAUGACCAUCAGGAGGAUAUACCAGCUAUAUCAUCACUUACACCCCGCACCACGUCAUAUUCCCCAGAACGAUCGAUCAGGACACAUGGCAGAACCGUCGGUGCCGCCGGCAUUGAACUCCGGUCCGAUCCACGCUGUCCCUGGCCAUCAAAGUUACCCCGCGACUGAUCGAGCCGACGACCAACUAGCUUCGCAAGCGCUGACACGCAUCGCCGCCCAAAUUCCCUCUUGGCCUCCUGCACCCAACGGCGUCUACCCAGGUAGAUCCCCCACAUUCCUUCCUCGCUAUGUAUCUCCCAACUUCAACAACGCACGCAUCGCCCUUCACUGGACCGAUGAGACAGCCCGACACUUUGGGAACCGUCCCAUAAACGAGCGUAUUCUCUCCCUCAUCUCCUCCAGUAACUCAAUUGAAUUAGCUUCAAUGUAUCUUGACUCAGUAAACGUUAACGCUGGCGUACUUCUUAACACAUCGUUCGUUACCCACACACUCCGCGAUCCCUCUAACGUUGCAAUUGAAAACGGUCACCUCUACUAUCUAUUCGUACAACACCCUGGCCUUAGAGGAUUCGAUCCACUUUACCCUCGCGCUCAUUAUCCCACUGCCUCGACACUUGGACUCACACAGUCACCGCCAUAUCUACGAUACGCCAUUGCGGCCCCGCCAACCGAAGAUCUUGAUACCAUUAGUAUCGUCGAAGAGCCAGAAAUAGAGGAAUGCACUGACGAUGAAGAAUUAGAUGAGAACGACGAGCUUCAGUACCCUGACAACUCCUUGGAUGGUUCAGACAAUGAAGGCGCUAGUAUACGCGCUCAGUACGCAUCUUCCAACGUCUCGGAGAGUCAGGAUGGUUCGUCUAGUGUUUCCAGUUUAAUUGCGCUGUUAACUCACUAUUUUAUAGUGGAACCUACCUUAGAUCCCCGGGAGCCUCGUACCGACAUUCCCUACAUCUCCUCCAUCGACGAACAGCUCGACAACCCGCAUAUCAUGUACUACCCGUCACCCAGAUCGCCUACCUCGCCCCUCCUCACGUUAACUCUCAUUGACGAAGCCUGUCAGGCAGACGAUCAGGCAGUCACCCUUGACGAGAUCAAUUCCGAAAACGAAACCGACUCUCCUUGUAUGCAGUAUCCGCGUUCAUUCAGGACUCGUGCAGAUGAAUUAUACGGCUCAAAAAUUAUAUUGGACAAUGACGAUAUAGCUCGUACAAUAGCCUCAGAAUAUGAGCAUGGAAUGCGACGCGCCGCCCAAGCACCUGCGCCCCAUGCAAAAGUAUGUUUACGCCACGGCCUAACCUACGUUCAGCACAUCAUCCUCCGCGAAUCAGGUGUAUCCGAUAACGAGCUCGAUAUGUUGACCUACCCCGAGAUCCUGAAACGAAUACGCCAUAUCUUUGACACCAUCAGACCACCCACGAUUUAUCUUGAGAAGAGAAUCACUAUGAGUGAACUUCGUGAGUACAUCGUCAUGAUCUAUUUCGUUUUGAACUCACUGUCAGUAGGUGCGAUGAUUCAAUCAGCCAAACACGAGAUGUUGAUUACAGACAUUUCGGACGAAGAAACAGAUAUGGGACACCGUCGAAUCGUAACGAUGCUCGCCUGCCCAGAUCAGACUGCUGAAGAAGUCCACGCACUGAACGAUAAGAUAAUUAGUGAAGCCAGCACACCUUGUGACGUCGAAGAGCUACACUAUAGCUCCGAUGAUUCGUUCGAGAUCGUGAAUACUGCUACUGGAACUCAAACGACUACUAUUGACCCCAGACUCCUCGCCCUUCCUCCUCCUACACGUCCACCCACUCCGUAUCCGUCUCCAGCCAUUCCCAGUCAACGUUAUACUGCACCCAGUCAUCUACGACCAUUACCCUUACCUCGAUUCAUGCUUACCAGGCCGGACGAAGAUAGCGACUAUGUUAUGGAUGAAGACUCGGACUCUGAGAACGAGAUGCGCCUACAUCAUACCACUACGCCUCCCCCUGCCUCGUCCGAUUCAUCCAGCGACGAACAUUCGCAACCAUUUCGCAUCCUAUCUAGAAUGAUCACGCAGGUUCCCUCACGAUUUCAUGAAUCCCAUGACAAGUCACCAACCGACCAGGAAUUAUAUUCGUUACCCGCAGAGAUACCAACGAACCAAACUGGCGUCUUUACCUGCCCAAAUCAACUCGUCGAGAAUGCGAAAAUGUAUGAACUCUCUACCGACGAACCCGAUCCUUGGGGAUAUAACGAUGCGACAACGACUAUAGUACGCCUUAUGGACGCACCCAUCAAGAUCACAGUCACUGAGCCUCGUUUCACUAAGGAACCACCAUACCAUCACCCAUAUUGGCGCGAAGACCAUUCCCACUUUGAACGACUUCGAACUUGGACUCGAUAUGACGGCUAUUGUGACAACCAUCCCCUUCGCGUUUGGGGUAACCAAUUCACCAUUCCAGACGACUCACUCUGCGAGAGAUGGCUAGACGACGGCGAUCUUGAUAUAUCGCAAUCUGUCGUUGACAUAUGUGAGGCCGCCCGCCAGACUCUGCUCAAACCACAGUAUUGGGACGACGUCGAAGGACCAAUUAAUCUCAUAUCUUACGCACGAGAACACGUCCAGACUACCUAUAACCACCUCUACCCACAUAUCGAAAACUUAACCAAUUGUCUGGCCUGCGAAAUCAAUCACGAAGACGUACCACUUGAAGCAAACGAUGGGAAUCCAAUGUUGUGUUUCGAUAUACCAACGGGACCUCAAGAUUACCUCGAAAACUCGGCGAACUUAUACUACAUCGAUAACUAUAAGAAUCCAUGGCAAGCCCGCGACCCUUUUAUCUCCUACAACCCAUGGAACGUCAAGAUAGUUAUGCUGCGCCGUAUCCGACUCGAAAUAAUGGUAUUUAUUCGAGGACUUAUCGACUACACUAUGGGUAGCUCAUUCCGCGAUUUUAUCGAUGACUCAGAAACACGCGACGAUACCCGCCACUUCUUUUACCAUCACUGCGCCUUCUUCCGCUUCCUCGACCCCGCUACCCCUCUUAUCUUUCAAGGUUUCUCCCGCAAAUGUAUACACCAAGAUUACGGACGACCCGACUCUCUCAUUGAACGCGAACCCGCACCACCUCGAAAUCCGUUACUAACAACCGACGAAGACGAGUUCCUCCACCAUAUCAGCUCAUUCUACCACAUGUUAGGUCGCGUCCAGUUCGCUAACUCAAUUCGUCACCUUCGCGAAGUCACCUACUUCCUCUCAUCCCAUGUUCGUACUCUAUUCACUGCAGGAUACCUCGACCCCGACUAUAUGUUCGAUGGUCAAGGCAAUCGCCGUGCAAUCUCCUGGCGCGACGACCAAUUGGAAGAUCUUUAG